AUGGAUCCAAGUUAUAAAGCUCGGAAAGAGGCAUUUGUCUCGAACCUCACGGGAAGCACUAUCGGUGACAUCAAUGCAGUCACAUUAGUCGCGCCGGCCUCGGUACUUUUGUGGUCCGCGCUCCAAUCCCGGCUAUCAUUCUUUACGCCUUAUGGACCCGCAGCUCUGUUAACAGACUUCCUUCUCAAUGUUCUGGCCAUCCUUUUCGCGACGACCGCUUACUCGUCGGCACCCGUCCUACUAAAUAUCCUCCUCACCACCCCUGCGAUUCUGUUGUUCUUGACCCAGCCUCCUCUGCGCCCUAUCCAGAAAGCCAAACCACCCCGCAAGCAUAAUGCCAAGGAUGAAACAUCUAAAGAAGAUGCACUAUCCUUGCCAAUCCACCCAUUCCUGACCACCUACCGCUCGGCCAUGAUGAUAGUUACCUGUGUCGCCAUUCUCGCCGUGGACUUCCGAGUCUUCCCACGCCGGUUCGCCAAGGUCGAGAAUUGGGGCACCUCGUUGAUGGACAUGGGCGUGGGCUCAUUCGUUUUCUCGGCCGGCGUGGUUUCUGCCCGUGCACUUUUGAAGAGUCGGGCUUCCAGUUCCCCCAAAGCUGUUUUUUCAAAGAGACUCCUUGGCUCAAUGCGACAUUCUAUUCCCUUACUUGUACUGGGUCUCAUUCGGUUUUGGAGUGUCAAGGGCCUUGACUAUGCGGAACAUGUCACCGAGUAUGGAGUUCACUGGAAUUUUUUCUUCACUCUCGGCUUUUUGCCUCCAUUUGUGGAGAUAUUCGAUUCCUUGACGGUCUUGAUUCCCUCUUAUGAAGCGCUGGCCAUUAGCAUUGCCAUAUUCUACCAAGUUCUCCUAGAGUCCACCGACUUGAAAGCAUAUAUUUUGAUCUCUCCUCGAGGCGAGGACUUGAUCUCUAAGAACCGCGAGGGAAUCUUCUCUUUUCUGGGCUACCUGGCGAUAUUCCUCGCUGGAAGGGGAGUUGGAGCUCGCACCAUUCCCCGAGGAACUUCCUCAUCAAAAUCGCCCCAGCAAGCUCGCAAGUCCGUGCUUAUCAGCUUGACCCUGCAAGUACUGUUCUGGUCGAGCUUGUUCUUCUUCAACUCUACCUACGCAUUCGGCUAUGGCGCUGGGAUCCAUGUGUCGCGUCGCCUUGCCAAUAUGCCAUACGUCUUGUGGGUCUCUGCUUUCAACAGUGCGCAGCUGCUUCUGUUCUGCCUGGUUGAGACUGUGUUCUUCCCGGCUGUUCAUCGAGCGAGCAGCAAGGACGGCGAAGGAGAAAGAACCUCAUUUGCCACGAGUCGCGUUUUGACGGCAUUUAAUCACAGUGGACUCGCGAUCUUCUUGAUUGCCAACCUGCUGACAGGUGUGGUCAAUUUGAGUAUUCCAACCCUGGACGUCAACGUGCCCCAAGCCAUGGCCAUAUUGGUUGCUUACAUGGCGAUCCUCACCGGCAUUGCAUUAGGCAUGGAAAAGGCCAACAUCAAAUUGCGUCUAUAG